UUUAAUUCUUACAUCGUAGGCAAAGUCGGUACACCACCAUCGCUCGGAAUAGAACUGUCCAAUAUGGCUGCCUGCUGACGACGCGAGACUCGUGGCCUCGUUGCAACUUUCAGUGAUAUUACUACCGUAAAUUUGGGUAUUUAAGGAUAUACUUCAGCUUCAGGCCAAGUCAGACAUAGUUCUUUGCGCUGUGUGAGCUAAGAAGUCAACAUGGUGAACAGACCCUUCAAGAAUAAGCAGAGCAAACGACUCACCUGCCACAAGAAAUACAAGAUCAAGAAGAAGAUAAAGGAGCAUAACAGGAAGGUUCGGAAAGCGGCAAAGAAGAAGAACACUGCCACUAAGGUAGCAAGAGCGAGAAAAGAUCCAGGAGUGCCCUCAGAAGCUCCUUUCAAAGAACAGAUAUUGCGGGAAGCCCAGAAGAGAAAGCAGAAGGCUGAAGAGGAGAGAGAACAGCGCAAAGCCAAAAGACAGAAAAUGUUGGAAAAGAAACGUAAGGCAGAGAAGGCUAAAAGAGACGUGGCCAGUUUACAGAAGGAUGCUCUCAAACGGCAGAAGGCUUUUGAGCAGAAGCAGGCGACCAUGCUACAAUUGGAAACAGAUGCUUCCAGCAAAGGCUUGAAAAGUACAGAGAAUUCACGGAAAGCCUUUUACAGAGAGUUCCGGAAGGUUGUGGAGGCAGCUGAUGUAGUGCUGGAGGUGUUGGAUGCCAGAGAUCCUCUGGGUUGUCGCUGCCCUCAGGUCGAGCAAUCCAUCCUCGCUGCUGGUCCCAACAAGCGGAUUGUGCUCAUCCUGAACAAGAUAGACUUGGUACCUCGCGAGAUCGUGGAAAAGUGGCUGAAGUACCUUAGGAACGAGUUUCCAACUAUGGCCUUCAAAGCAUCUACCCAGAGCCAGACCCAUAAUUUGUCUCAGAGCAAAGUCCCAGUCAACCUCGCUAACAAGGACCUGCUGACAUCCAGUCGCUGCCUCGGAGCAGACAGUCUCAUGCAACUCCUCAACAACUACUGCCGCAACAUGAACAUCAAGACCACCAUUUCUGUGGGGAUCAUCGGGCUCCCCAAUGUUGGAAAGAGCUCGAUCAUCAACAGUCUGAAGCGGUCUCGUGCCUGUGCCGUCGGUGGAACACCUGGGGUGACCAAGACCCUGCAAGAGGUUCAGAUUGACAAGCACAUCAAGUUGAUUGACAGUCCUGGUAUCGUCAUGACGUCGGGACUAUCGGAUGCUGCUCUCAUCCUCCGUAACUGUUUGAAGGUGGAAACCAUCUCCGACGUGGUCACUCCAGUUGAUGCCAUCCUGCGCAGGUGCAACAAGCAGCAGAUUAUGCUCAACUACGGGGUUCCAGAUUAUGCUAAUGUCCACGAGUUUCUUGCACUCCUUGCCAAACGACAGGGAAAGUUGAAGAAAGGGGGAGUGCCUGAUGUCGACAAAGCAGCCAAGCUUGUGCUGCAGGACUGGACGAUUGGAAAAAUCACCUACUUCACCCAUCCUCCAGAGUCCCACGUCAUGCCUGUCCAUCUGGGAGCAGAGAUUGUGUCAGAGAUGGGAAAGGCUUUUGACAUUAGCACACUAGAGAAAGACAUUGACAAAGUUCUUGGAAACCUCACUAUGGAAACCACCAGUGACAUGCUGGCCAUGGAGUCAAUGGGUCCAAUGGAAGGAGCCAUGGAGGAGGAGGAGGGAGAUGAAGAAGAGGACUCAGAAGAAGAUGAAGAAAUGAGUUCAGGAGAUGGAGAGGAAGAGGAAGAGAAUGAUGAAAUGGAUGAAGAGGAAGAUGAGUUCAUCAAGCCCGUACCAGAGAGUAACCUUGCUGAACUGGGCACCAUUUCUGUCAAUGUCAAGGCCAAGGAAAAGAAGUCUGAGCCCAAAUCCGUCACAAAAGAGAAGCCCGGUACAAGCCUAGAGAUCCCCUCAGUGCUUGAGGGAAACCUCCAGCUGGGAAAGGCUGCCAAAGUGGCUCAGAAAAGAAGGAAGAAGCAGCAGAAGAGGGCCGACAAGCUGUCGACCCAGUUGUCUGACUCCUUGUCCGCAGCCAUGGACUUUGGUCUGGGCGAGGACGACAGUUACAACUUUGACACAGAUUUCAAGUAGACUUGAUAAAUGAAAUGCUGUAAUACGUGAUUGAUGUAAUGUCCUUCUUUAUUUGCUGUUGUAUUAUUAGUAACAUGGUUAAAUUUCCUUAUUUCUUGCUGGCGUAUGUAGCAGCCACAGAUCCUAGAAACCUACAGUAUGAGAUAUCAGCUGUAAAUUGACAUGAGAAUAAGGCUGGUUCUGAGGUCUGUCUGGAUGAGGCUCUUUUCAGUUGUAAUACUGAAGAAAGUUCUGAGAUGAAAUGAGAAGAAAACUUUCAGUUUGAGUUAUAGUUUGAGAUAAAAUGUUGGAUGUCAUGGAGCCCCUACGACCACUGAGGUUACGGGCCCUGAGUGAGUGAGUAAAAUGUUGAUUUGGUAAAACUACUAAAACUGGAGAGAUAUCUUCCUAUGAUCUUUAAACUUAAAGAUGUUUAUGUACCAUAUUUGCUAAUGGAACUGUCUAUUUUAUUCAAACAGUAGAAAUAUGGUAGUGUCAAAAAAUGGACACAGUUAUGUCUAUCAGGAUGAGAAAGUCACAAUCAGGUUAGAAAAAAUGCGUGAAUUAUUUACGUUGUUACGCUGUUAGUCAAAUGUACUACAUAAUUGUAAAGUGGUGUUAUAUGGCUGCCAUCACUUACUGAACAUUAUUAUAAUAUUAAACGAUGUGAAAAAGGAUGAUGCUAUCCUUUGGUCCUUUA